UAUCGGUGGCAAACGCUUCCACAAAGCUAGUCUACCUCUGUUAUCCCAGUACUGGGUACCAAAAGCAUAUAAUUAUAUUUAGCUAUCUAAAAAACGUGUCAUGGAUUAACACAACAAAAUAUCUAAUCAAUGUUUGUUACACGAAACUGCAAAAAGUGGAAACUAAUGACCGCCGAACGGCGUCGUGAUCGAUGAAAUAAUGCCGCUGAAGCGGGGAUCCAUCAUGAGGAAUAAAAAGCUUUGUUGUUAUUUCCACAUUCAGAUUCCCUUACUUACUUACCUUAUUUCUAUGUUUGGGCUCCGUCGCAUUCGCGAUUCUGCCGUUAUAGUGUUCGGACCGCUGACGAAUCGCUUAGCAGAACGUCGAAGCGAUGUAGUUUAGCAGACGUUGCAUUUCCAUUAAUUAAAUUCGAAAACCGACCCCUUCGCCAGCCCCUUUUCAUUGGGCCCAGUCAAGGUUGGCCAAAUAAAAGUUGCGAAAUCAACAAUAAUACACCAAUAAAGCAAACACAUUGAAAUAAACAUUCCAAAGUUGCACUAUUAAAAUCAAUUGGAUUGGUUUUGAUUAAUUAAGUACUCAUUUAUUUGUGGACAUGAAUAGCCGAGAGCUUAAAUGACAUGGCAGAGAAACGCCUACUGCUGGAGCGAUCCGACUGCUCAGAGACCGAGGAGCUGGAAGUCCAAAUGACCCGACGGAGCGGAGGAGUCCUCCAUGCCAUCCAGCAUCGAUCCCUGCCCGUGAGCAGGAAGUCGGUGCUCGGCCUGCUGGUGUCCUUUGUGUUCUGUUACUUCCUGAUCGGACGACCCGAGUGGGCGAAAGUCCUCGAUCUGGAUGUCCUGCGUUCGAAUAACUAUGUUGCAGUUCAGCAUCAGUCCACUGUGAUGGAUGUUGAAACCCUGCCUCCUGAAACAUCUAAUGAGAGUAUUGAAUUUGUGCCGAAAGGCUUCCUGGUGUACAGCAAUUCUUGCCGGAUCAUGGAGGUUGAUCCCUACAAGAGCGAGGUAAUGCGUCACUUUAAGCGACUCAAGUACAAGGCCUGUCAGAAGCUGCCGCCCUUGACCCAGGUCAAGUUCCAGGAGAAGUCCCAAAAGUACCUUCUCAGCAUCGAUGGAGCUGCCUUUAGUCGGUACCCGGUGGGUACCAAGCUGCACUGCUGCUACAUGGAGGUUCAGCGGGUCAGCGAGAUGAAUGUGAAGUACACCAAGUGCCAAACCUUCAAGGGGAGCACAGAACUGCCCAAUUCCGCAGAGGGCAUCAUUGUCAAGUGUGAUUCCGGCGGACGGCAGAUCUAUAUCAAUGGCCAUGCCACCGUUCCCGUCAAGGAGGCAGUGCAGCAGAGACUCCAAAAGGCAUCUGAGGAGGAGACGAAGAAUGAAGCCAAGGUGCGACCUCCAAGCGUUUUGAUGCUCGGCAUCGAUAGCAUCUCCCGUGUGAAUCUGAUCAGGGCCAUGCCCAAAACAGCCCAAUAUCUUUACGACAACGGAUGGUUCGAGCUGGCUGGUUAUAAUAAGGUGGACGACAACACAUUCCCGAACAUCAUGGCAGUUGCCACGGGCUUCAAUCUCCACAACGCCAUGCAGGCGUGCUCCCCCUACGUGAAAGGGGGCCUGGACAAGUGCGACUACAUCUGGAAGCAGUACCAGCAGAGGGGCUACGUCACCGCCUACGCGGAGGAUGCUGUGAAGAUCAACACGUUCAACUACCUGAAGAAGGGCUUCGAGAAUCCGCCGGCGGACUACUACUUGAGGCCCUAUCUCUCUGCUGCCGAGGAGCAGCUGGAUCACACGUCGGUCAAUGGUCUGCUGCACUGCCUCGGUUACGAGACGGAGGCGGAGCACGUGUACGACUAUGGGUUGGAGUUCACCAGGAGGUUCCUAAACGAUACGUACUUUGGUUUCUUCUGGACCAACACGCACAGCCACAGUGAUAUAUCUCAGACGAGCAGCAUGGAUGACUAUAUGGCGGAGUAUCUGCGGAAACUGGUGCGCCAAGGCACCAUGGACAACAGUGUGGUGGUGUUCUUCAGCGACCAUGGCAUGCGGUUCGGACCCACGAGGGCCACCUGGUCAGGUCAUUUGGAGGAACGACUGCCGGCUAUCUUCAUCUGGUUACCUCAUCACCUGCGUCGCGCGCAUCCAGAGUUUGUGCGUGGCCUCCAGUUGAACAGAAAUCGUUUGACCACGCCCUAUGAUCUCCAUCUGACCAUGAAGCACAUCCUCUCUCUAACCGGACGAACCGAUAUGGAAUCGUUGGGGCCGGCACCCGAUUGUCCGCAAUGCCAGAGUUUACUGCGACCCGUCUCCCCGCUGAGGAGUUGCUCCGAUGUGGGCAUCGCGGAUCACUGGUGCACCUGCUGGGAAUACUCUACAAUCUCCACCACCUCGAAGGAAUCCCGGAUGCUCGGCAAGCGGGUGGUGAGCUACAUCAACACUUAUGUGGCAGAGUUCCGAAACGGAACCUUUGCCAAGCUGUGUGCUCCCCUCUCCCUGCUAAGCAUCAAAUCCGCUUUCCGGGCGCAUCAGAAUGCCCUAGAUCCGGAGGAGGUGCACACCUAUCGACUGAUUUUCGUCACGUCGCCGAAUAAGGGCCAGUACGAGGCCACCUUGCGGCACAACCGCACUGAUGAUUCCGUUCUGGUGACUGGAUCUGUGAGCCGGUUGAACGUCUACAGUGGAGAGGCGGAUUGCAUGAGUGAUUUCGGUGCCAAAAAAUAUUGUUAUUGUCGAAAAAAGAAGGGAUAGAAGUAGCAGUAGGAUUAGAACUAAGGCUAGUGCCCAAGUGCCGUUAAUCAGAUUAGAAUCUGGCAGUACAAUUAUCUUAAUCUUAUAUUCUAGGAGUCUCUUCCUCUCUAUGCCUGAAAUGUGCAUCUGCAAGUUCUCAAGAUUUAUAAAUAUUAAUUAGGGUCUCUGAAAAUAUUUCUUGAUUAUAAAAUCGAGGAAAUAUGUUCAGAAUAGGAUUUCUAAAGUUUUUGAGUUUGUUUAUCAUUUUCAUCAUUCUGUUGAAAACGUUUUGAUGCCCUAACUAUUAGUUAAAAACGCGUAGAAAUUUGAGAAACACUCUUGUAUAUUUAUAUUUAAGGAUUAACUGUUACCCUUGUAAAUAAAUUGUUCUCCUUGUUCUAAAAGAGAUUUGCCAAUAAUUAGUUAAGUCAUAUUUACUUAUAUAGUUAGUCGCUUAACUACUAAAUGUUACACUUAUGAUUUAGUAUUUGUGUUUAACUUAUAAUGAUAUUAUAACUUCAAAUUAUAAUUCUGUUAGAAAAAAAAGGUCGAGUAA